AUGGGGUUGUAUAAAAGGAAGAUCACUGUCGAGGACAGUGCAAUUACCUCGGCCGUCCACUUGACGCUGCGACAGUCCUUGCUACCGAACGCACUGGUCACGAUUCUUUUCUUUCUGUGGGGCUUUGCAUAUGGGUUGCUGGAUACCUUGAACUCGCACUUCCAAACGACCUUGAAUAUCAGCGCCACCGAGUCUAGUGGCCUGCAGGCUUCGUACUUUGCCGCCUAUUUCAUCUGCCCGCUGACAAUCUCUGGUUGGAUUGUUCGCAAAUAUGGAUUCCGAGUUACAUUCAUGGCUGGCCUUGCCGUGCUUGCCGUCGGAUGCCUUUUGUUCUGGCCAAGUGGUGUGAAGAGAUCAUUUGGUGGAUUCUGCGGUAGUAUGUUUGUCGUCGGGGCUGGCUUGUCAACCCUGGAGACUGCAGCUGAUCCCUUCCUCGCCAUUUGCGGUCCGCCCAAGUAUAGUGAAAUCCGACUGAAUCUUGGACAAGCCGUACAGGGUGUUGGAACCUUUGUUGCUCCCCUCCUGGCGUCUCGUGUCUUCUUUGCCAACACUGUUGACACUGACGCGGGAUUGAAGAAUGUCCAGUGGACCUAUCUGGGAGUUGCCUGCUUCGUCGCUCUGCUAGUCAUUCUGUUUUGGCUCGCUCCGUUCCCUGAAAUUACCGACGCCGACCAAGAAGCCUUGGAAAGCCAGAUCGUGGACGGGAAUGAAAACACCGGUCCCUUCAAAAAACAGUACAACCUGUUCCUCGGUGUUUGGAGUCAGUUCUGCUAUGUUGGAGCACAAGUCGCUGUUGCUGGGUACUUUAUCAAUUUCUGCAAAGAGGCUGGCAAGACCUCUGCCGAAAGUUCCGACUUGCUUGCUGUGGCACAAGGACUUUACGCAUUCAUGCGUUUCGUGUGCUCUGGCUUGAUGAUGUUACCCGCAUUCAAGCCUCGCUAUAUGUUGACUGUGUUUUUGUCACUUUGUGUUGUUUUCACCGUUGCUGCCAUAACGACCCAUGGCCACACUUCUAUCGCGAUACUUAUCCUCGUCCUUUGCUUUGAAUCGUGCUGCUUCGCUACCAUCUUCACCCUGGCUCUUCGAGGCCUUGGCCGCCACACUAAGCUUGGUGGCUCCAUGCUCGUUGCAGCCAUCUCGGGCGGCAUGGUCUUCCCUCCGAUGACGGGGGCUGUCGUGACUCGAGUCAAUGCCCAUACCGCCAUGGCUAUUCCUAUGAUGGGUUACAUACUUGCCAUGAUUUUCCCCAUCUACGUGAACAUUUACAAGAAGGACAGCAUGGAUCUCCAUCGCAAUACCGAGGUUAAUGUGAAGGUGCCAAGUGCUAAGGAGCUAGAGCUGGAAGGAGGUGCCCACGGCAAGCCCACUGCCGCCAAUGUGGAGGCAGUGGAACCCCGGGAGACUGAAAUUUCAUAA